GUAAAUAUGUUAGAUAAAUUGAGUAAAAAAAUGCUUCACACAUACAUUAGGCUCUUGUAAUUGUUCAUUGCUUAUAUAUAAUAAUCUUUACGGGAAAAAUUCAAAAGGAGUAGCACUUUGUCUAGUUGACUUCAUCCUUAUUCACCCAUUCUCUGCUAUAACAUUAGUUACAGAGAUACUUGAAUCGAUUUGCAUACCUUCCACCUUUCGUUGUAGUGAAAGUGUCUUCGGUUAAAUCUUAACCUUCAGGUCUUUUUUCUGCUCCGUCACAAUUUUUAUUGUCCACAAACAUAGACUCGUUUAAUAUUUGCAUAUUCCAAGCAUGUCUGUUCGUACAAAACCUUUGCAGCCAUUGAACAGUGGUCAGAUGAAUGCUAGAAACGCUAGCAACGUCACCCCCAUCAAGUUGAAGAAAUCCACCAAAGAUUUCUACGAACAUCAACAACAACAACAACAACAACAACAGAAGAAGAAAAAGAAGGAAAAGUUAUCUGCCUUGUGUAAAACUCCUCCUUCAGUGGUUAGAACUAGAAAUGGAAGAGACUAUAGAAGAGGAUUGUUCUUGGGAGAAGGUGGAUUUGCCAGAUGUUUCCAGAUGAAGGAUUCAAAUGGACAGAUCUACGCUGCCAAAACCGUCGCCAAAGCUUCCAUCAAAAACGAAAAAACCAAGACCAAGUUGUUAUCUGAGAUCAAAAUCCACAAGUCAUUGAAGCAUUCUAAUAUUGUCAAUUUUAUCGACUGUUUUGAAGACGAUGUCAACGUCUAUAUCUUGUUAGAAAUAUGCCCCAACCAAUCCUUGAUGGAAUUGUUAAAAGCCAGGAAGAGAUUGACAGAGCCCGAAGUCAGAUUAUUUAUGGUUCAAAUCAUUGGGGCCGUCAAGUAUUUGCACGAGAGAAGAGUUAUCCACAGAGAUUUGAAAUUAGGAAACAUUUUCUUUGACCCCAACAUGAACUUGAAGAUCGGUGACUUUGGCUUGGCUUCCGUAUUGGAGAGCUUCGACUCCAGAAAAUUCACCAUUUGUGGUACUCCAAAUUAUAUUGCACCUGAAGUGUUAGGUGGUAAGGCCAAUGGAGGACACUCGUUUGAAGUUGAUAUCUGGGCCAUUGGUAUUAUGAUGUACGCUUUGUUAAUCGGUAAGCCUCCUUUCCAAGCCAAGGACGUCCAAAUCAUCUACGAAAGAAUUAAGAAAUCAGAAUACAGUUUCCCUAUUGAUAAGCCAAUUAGUGCUGAGGCCAAGGUUUUGAUUCAAGAUUUAUUAGAUGUCAACCCGUUACGAAGACCAACCAUAGAUGAGAUUUUAAGUUACGACUGGUUCAAAGGUGCUUUCCCUGACAAAACUCAAGAAACCACCUUAACAAAAGAACCUGAAGGGUUGACAAUGAUUUCUAAGAACCAAAGUGCAAUGAACUUCAAGAACAUGAAGGUUAACUGUGGUAUAUACACGCCAAAGACGAAGAACCCGGUGGAGAUCUUGAAGACUGAUUUACAGAGUGAAGAGUCCCAAAUGGUUCUUCCAAGAAGCUUGUCACCUAACGACACUAAGUUUAAAUACAAGGAAGUUGAUCCUACGAUGUUAACCAAAAAGAGAUUCCAAUUCAAUUCAAACUUCUCCAACUCGGUAUUGGACUUGGACAAGACCUGCCACACUACCUACGUUAACAUGUGCAAGUUGGAAACGCUCGUGGAUUCAAAGCUUGAUACCAUGACGUUACCUAGUUGCGAAAAUCCAACUUUGAUUAGUAAAUGGGUUGACUACUCCAAUAAGUACGGCUUCAGUUACCAGUUAAACAACAAUGAUAUUGGGGUGUUGUUCAAUGAUGGAAACACCAUUUUGAAGAUGACCAAUAACGAGAAGUUCUUGGAAUUGUUGUUACAUGAGCAAGAAGGUUGGACAUGUAUCGAAAAUUCCAUCUACAAUGCUCCUUCGAAGUGUAAAAAGCAGUUGGAAAUCGUCGACUUCUUUGCCAAGUACAUGAACUCCAACUUGUCUAAAGUGAGUGACGUGGAAGAACGUAAGGAAAUAGUGUUUUUGAGACGGUACACCAGAACCAGCGAUUUCAUUAUGUUCGAAAUGACCAACGGCAGCUUUCAAUUCAAUUUCAAAGACCACCAUAAGUUGGUUGUGUCGAAGAACGGAUUGGCCAUCACUCAUAUCUCCCCCACUAGAAUCACCCAGACGCAUCCGUUGAUCUUGAUCUUAAAACAGGGAAACUUCCCGUCGGUAAGCAUUCCAGAUUGUAUGGAAAAGAUCGAGAUCAUCAAGCAGGCUAUUCGGGAAAAAGCAUUUGUGUAAUUGUAUUAUAGAAUUAAUAUACCAUGGAAAGAAGCUAAUUCAGAAGAGAACACAGAACAUGAAAAAUUCAUAGUAGAGUGGUAGUGUGAACAAUUCAUUAUUAAAUAUGCAUUCAUUAUCUAAUGUACAAUAAGGACAAACAAACCUAGUAGUCGUCGUUGUCGUUCAAUAAAGACUUCAAUGCCCAUUCGUCUUUGAACUUAUUCUUAAUCAAGUCUAACUCUCCAAUCAAAUUCGUACAAGCGUUUCUUAAUGCUUCCUUGGGAGUGUAGUUAUCUUCGGUUUGUAUUCUGAGCACAAAGUUGGCAAAAAGUGGAUGUUCAACUUUGUAGGCAGCAAAUAACACUCUUUCAUCUUUUAAAAGUUGAGCUCUUAAUAGGUUAGCCAAAGUAUGGUCUUCUUUUUCGAUCUUUAUGAUAGCAGCAUUGGGUACUUUUGUAUCCGGGGUGAUUUUGAUCUUGUCUACACCAUCCGGUAAGAUGAACAAUUCGAAUCUAUCUGGAGCAUUCAUGAUAUGGAUGUUAAUAGCGGCUCAAGGUAUUUUUUUC